AUGAUAUUUGAGGAUGCUAACCAGUGGCCGGCUGAGACUAAUGACAGAAGAAAAUCAGUUGGGGUUCACCAGGUGGACUCUAACACAUCUAUGCAAUCCCAGAUAGACACCAUGGCUAAAGAGAUAAGAAAGCUUGCAUUAGCUAAGACCCGAGAUGGUGUGCAAGCAGGCGGAGACACAGUAGAAAAAGAAAGUGAAGAGCAGAAAGGCCAGGGUAGUGGGGUACGGAAGGAGAUUGAAGAAAGUAGACAUAUGCCAGCUCUACCAUUUCCCCAAACAAUGAAGCGGGAAAAACUUGACAAAUAUUUCGGUCGAUUCUUGGAAAUGCUCAAGCAAAUCUAUGUGAACAUUCCCUUCAUGGAGGUACUCACUCAGAUGCCUGCUUAUGCAAAGUUCUUGAAGGAAAUCUUAUCUAGCAAGAGAAAAUUGGAAAAGACAACCGUGGUCAAGUUGAAUGCCCACUGCAGUGCCAUAUUACCAAAUAAAAUUCCCCAAAAGUGUGGUGACCCAGGAAGCUUUACCAUACCAUGCUCGUUGUGGAGUGGAAAAUUCGAUAAGGCCCUCUGCAAUUUUAGUGCGUCCAUAAAGCUUAUGCCUCUGUCUGUAUUCAUAAAACUGGAAGGUGUGCUUGGGGUGAUCAAAUCAAUAUCAGUAUCUCUACAACUGGUUGACCAGACUACCAUUUUGCCUGAGGGAAUCAUCGAGCAUAUUCUAGUACGGGUGGACAAAUUUGUGUUCCCUGUAGACUUUAUUGUGGUGGAUAUGGAGGUGAACAAGGAAGUGCCUCUAAUUCUGGGGAGGCCAUUCUUAUGUACAUGCAAAGCUAUCCUAGAUAUCUAUGAAGGGAAUCUCAUGCUCAGAGAUAAAGAUCCUACAAUAAAGAAAGAGGCUGAAGCACUUGAAAUCGAGGACCAAGCGGUCGAUGAGGAGAGAUUAAAAGAGGAGGCUUCUAAACAUAAUGUGGAACUCAAAGUCCUCCCCACUUACUUAAAAUAUGCUUUUCUUGAUACUCACAAUUUUUCUGUGAUUAUUUAUGCUGAUUUGAUAGGUACACAGAAGCGAAAGCUGGUGGAGCUACUAAAGAAGCACAAGAAAGCCAUUGGCUGA